UUUUUUUUUUUGUUCCAAAAUAAAAAUUCAGAUAGCAGUUACUUUUCAGCACAGGAACCACACUAUUGCAAUUUGUAAUAUUUAAGAGACUAAAAAUCAACGACGGUGGAAAAAAAUCCCGAGGCGCGUUGUUGUGGUCACAUGACCGCGGCUGUCAGAUGCCGAAAACGUCGCAAAGAUGGUGAUCUUCAGCGUCUAUGUAGUCAACAAGGCUGGAGGUUUAAUUUACCAGUAUGACAACCACGUCCCGAGAGCGGAGGCCGAAAAGACGUUUAGCUACCCUUUAGAUUUGGUCCUCAAGCAUCACGACGAAAAGGUGGUCGUGUCGUUUGGGCAGAGGGACGGGAUCAAAGUGGGUCAUGCAGUUCUCUCCAUCAAUGGGAUUGAUGUGGUGGGAAAGAGUACAGCAGACGGGAAGGACAUUAUGGCAUACUUGAAAGAUCCCUCCAAUUAUCCAGUGUCCAUUCGAUUCGGUCGCGCCCGACUCAGCUCCAAUGAAAAACUGAUGCUGGCAUCUAUGUUCCAUUCGUUGUUUGCGAUCGGAUCGCAACUGUCUCCAGAGGUUGGGAGUUCAGGGAUAGAAAUGCUGGAAACGGACGUGUUCAAACUCCACUGUUUUCAGACUCUUACAGGAAUAAAAUUCAUAGUGCUGGCAGACCCGCGACAAGCCGGGAUUGAUGCUCUUCUCAGGAAAAUAUACGAGAUCUACGCAGAUUUUGCUCUAAAGAAUCCAUUCUACUCUUUGGAGAUGCCUAUUAGGUGUGAGCUGUUUGAUCAAAACUUAAAGAGUGCACUGGAGAUUGCAGAAAAAGCUGGGAACUUUGGAGCUGGAUCGUAAACAAGAAAAUACUUCAACAGCUUUUGUUUUUGUCGGUUUAUAAAUUGCGUUAGCCGUGUCCCAUUAAGGGUGCAACGACUGAACUGUACAUACAUGUCAUUUUGUAAAUACUAUUAAACUUAAAUAUUGCAAGCGUGA